AUGCACCCACGUGGCAUCGAGAGUGAGACAGCAGUGGCUCAUGAGCUGCAGGACAGCAGAUCUGGACCUGAGAAGGAGGAGAGGGCCUGGAGCAGCACUCAGUCCUCCAUCUCCACUACUGAGGAGGAAUCAGAUGUUGAAUUACACGCAUUCAUCAGGAUGAGGAACAAAGUGGAAAAAGACACUGAGGAAUGGGAGAAACUGAAUUAUGAUAUCCACACUCUGAGGUGUGCUCGUAAAGAAGUUUGUACACGUUGGAAGAAGAUCUUGCUUCAGCUGGGUUACCAGAGGGAGGCAGAAUCCUUACUGACAGUGAACAGACAGACUGUUCUGAAUGACUGGGACAAUAUGGAGAAGGCCAGAGAACUCCUGCGCAUAGUAUCAGAGGAGACAGACCUCUUCCUCCGUGGACUCAGCACCAGUGAAAGAUAUGUCUUUGUCAUGGAUCGACUGGUGUCUUUGGACAGUGCUGAAGACUUUGUGCGGUUGGCCAAAGAGAAAUAUCCAAGAAUUUAGUCUUGAGAUGGA